CGAGAGGCGGGUCUCGGACUGCCUCCCGCUCCCUCCCGGCCGCUCCCCCGGUACCCCUGCAUCACCCAACCCGGUCCCGUACCCGGGUCCCGCUCGCCUCCUCCUCCUCACCCACCCCGCCUCGCUCCGCGCCUUGUUCCUCCCCGAAGCAGCAGCAGCAACAGCGAGCGGUGGGGUAAGGGGGGGGGGUGGUGGUGGUGGGAUGCGCGCUGUUGGCUUUGGGUCGAGAGAGGGGACUCUGCUUCAGCUGUCGGUGCCGCUGACCGCCGCGCGCACACGGGCAUCGUAAGCAUCCUCACAACAUCACCAUCUCAUCAUUGUCAGCACCACCACCAACACCAACACCGCCACCACCACCUCCUCAACCGCCGUCGUCGUGGUUGCAACCGCGAGGAGUUGCGUGGCCCCGCUGGGCACAUGGAGGAGGAGGGAGCCACGCAGGAGCGCGGCCCGGCCUCGGGUGCCCUCGCGCGACGGAAGCCCUCGCCACCGACGGCUCAGCCGGACCGGGAAGCCGCGGCCCUCGAGGCCACCGUCGCGGCCGCCGCCGCGGCCGCCGCCGCCUCCGCCGCCUCCUCCCCCGAGCACCCUCGGGCGGUGGCCAACGGCUGCUGCGGGGGCCCCGAGGAGGCGAGCGCCGGGGAUGCGGUGCCCCUCAGUCCCCUGAGUCUCCGGGACGCUCCGAGCCCCGUGAGUCCCGACGCAGAGGGAUGCGAGAGCCCUGCCGAGCUCGGCGGCAGCCUGGGUCUGCCGAGGAGGAGCAGCAUCAUCAAGGACUCGACCCGGCAGAAGCGCGAGCGAAAGAAGACGGUGUCCUUUGGCAGCAUGCCCACCGACCGGCGCGUGAGCAGCGCCAGCGACUGCAUUAACCUCAUGCUCGAGGGCUGCGAGCUGCGCAAGAUCCGGCCAAACUCGCGUGUUUACCAGCGCUAUUUCCUGCUCGAGUCCGACCUGCAGUGGCUUCGCUGGGAGCCGUCCAAGAAGGACUCGGAGCGUGCCCGUCUGGAGAUUGUCGCCAUCAGGGAGGUGCGCGUUGGCAAAAACACGGAGACCUUUCGCAACCACGGCUUCGCGGAGCACAUCUCGGCCGACUGCGCAUUCUCCAUCAUCUACGGCGAGGGAUACGAGUCGCUCGACCUCGUGGCGUCCGCGCCGGAUAUCGCCAACGCUUGGGUCACGGGGCUGCGGUACCUCCUUUCCUUCGGCUCGCACUCGCUCGACAUGCUCGAGAGCAGUCACAACUCGCUGCGUCACUGCUGGCUGCUGCCGCUCUUCACGCGAGCGGACGGCGGCGGCAAAGGUUGCCUGCCCGCCGAGGUGGCCUGCCAGCUUUUGCAGGGCUUGAACCCGGCCCUGAAGGGCAUCGCCAUCAGACUCAAGCUGAAAGAGCUGCAGAAGAGCAGGGUCUCCCCAAUAGACGGCAUCUCAUUUCCCGAAUUUGUCGACAUGUACCACGAGUUGUGCACUCGGGCAGAGAUCUAUUUUCUGCUGGUGCAGUUUUCCAGCAGUAAAGAGUAUCUGGACAGCAGGGAUCUAACCAUGUUUUUGGAAGCAGAGCAGGGCAUGACUGAUAUUACUGAGCAGAUGUGUUUGGACAUUAUCCGGCGGUACGAGCCCUCCACCGAAGGGCAGGAAAGAGGCUUUUUAGGAAUUGACGGCUUCACGGGGUACCUCAUCUCUGCGGAAUGUGACCUCUUUGACCCGGCACACAGGAGGGUUUGCCAGGACAUGAGCCAGCCAAUCUCCCAUUACUACAUCAACUCGUCCCACAACACGUACCUAAUCGAGGACCAGUUCCGCGGCCCCUGCGACGUCAGCGGCUACGUGCGGGCCUUGCGGAUGGGCUGCCGCUGCGUGGAGAUGGACGUUUGGGACGGGCCGGACGGCGAGCCCAUCGUCUACAAUGGCCAUACAAUGACCCUGCCCAUCACCUUUCACAGCGCGCUGGAGGCCAUUAACAAGUACGCUUUUGUGGCCUCCGAAUACCCGCUGAUCAUCUGCUUGGAGAACCACAAUUGCAUUAUGCAACAGAAGGUUUUGGUACAGCACAUAAAGAAGGUUUUGGGCGAUAAGCUGUACAUCAAGCCCGUGGACAUCAAUGAGAGCUACCUGCCUUCGCCCGAGUCUCUGAAACUGAAGAUAAUCCUCAAAGGGAAAAAGUUACCUUUUGAGGAACCGGGGCCAGAGGGAGAGGUCACAGAUGAAGAUGAAGCCUCGGAGAUUGCGCAGAGGACAGAGAUGUCCCAGGACAUUUUCUUACAGCCAGACGAAAUCGACGUGAAGAAACAAAAGUUGUGCCCCGAGCUCUCCGACCUGAUAACCCUGUGCAAAUCUGUGCGUUUCCGGGACUUUGACUCAUCGCAGCAGUGCCAGAAGUACUGGGAGAUGUGUUCGUUCACCGAGGCCCUGGCGAGCCGAUUUUCCAACGAGUUCUCGGAGGACUUUGUCAACCACAAUAAGAGAUUCCUUUCUCGAAUCUUCCCCAGCCCCAUGCGCAUCGAUUCCAGCAAUCUCAACCCACAGGACUUCUGGAACUGUGGUUGCCAAGUGGUGGGCAUGAACUACCAGACGCCGGGGCUCAUGAUGGACCUCAAUGUGGGCUGGUUCCGGCAAAACGGCGGCUGCGGCUACGUCCUGCGCCCGUCGGUCAUGCGGGACGAGGUGUCGUACUUCAGUGCCAACGUGCGCGACGGGCUGCCCGGCAUCUCCCCGCAGCUGCUGCACAUCAAGGUGAUCAGCGGGCAGCACCUACCCAAGCCACGGGGCUCCGGCUCCAAGGGCGACGUGGUGGACCCGUACGUGUACGUCGAGGUGCACGGCAUCCCAGCCGACUGCGCCGAGCAGAGGACCAAGACGAUCGGUCAGAACGGCGGCAGCCCCGUCUUCGACGAGAGCUUCGUGUUCCAGGUGAACCUCCCCGAGCUGGCCAUCGUGCGCUUCGUCGUGCUCGACGACGACUACAUCGGGGACGAGUUCAUCGGGCAGUACACGAUCCCGUUCGAGUGCCUGCAGCCGGGCUACCGCCACGUGCCGCUGCACGCGCUCACGGGGGAGUGCAUCGAACAUGCCAACCUCUUCCUGCACGUGGCCAUCACCAACCGCAGGGGCGGUGGCAAGGCGCAGAAGAGGGGCCUCUCUGUCCGCAAGGGCAAGAAGACGCGCGAGUAUGCCGCCAUGAGGCUGCUGGGAGUGCGCGCACCGGACGAGGUGUUCCGCACGGCCGCGCAGCCCCUGCACGAGGCCACCGAUCUGCGCGAGAACAUGCAGAAUGCGGUGAUGUCCUUUAAGGAGGUCUGCGGGCUGCCACCCGCAGCCUGCCUAAAGCAGUGCAUGCUGGGAAUGUGUGCGCGCCUGCUGAGCUCGGACGCGUCGGCGUGCAUGGUACUGCAGCAGCGCGAGGGCUACCCGGCGCUGGAGAGCCCGAGCCCUCUGCCCGAGAGUCUCAAGAAGCUCGUGCAGGCCUUCAACAUGAUGGUGAACGAGACGAAGAACCUGAUUGAAAGUUCCGAGUCCCUGUACAACAAAAUCAUCCACUGCCAGAAGGCAGGUCUGGAGCUGCACGAAGACCUCCCUAAUGCGGGAGCCAAGGAUGGCCUCAAGGGCCGUAAGCUGAGCAAGGCGUUGGAGAGCUUCGCUUGGAACAUCACCGUGCUGAAGGGCCAGGCUGACCUCCUGCGCAAGGCCAAGGCGGAGGCGCUGGAGAACCUGCGGCAGAUCCACCUCGGGGCGCUGUCGUUCGGCCUCGACCAGCCGGCCGGCACAGGCGUGAGCGUGGGAACCGGCUCCCGACGCUCCCGGCACGGCACGGGUUCCGGCUCGGGCUCGGGUUCAGGUUCAGGUUCGGGCUCGUGCUCGGAGGCGGCCCUGUCCCGCCAGGGCACCGGCGGCUCUCUUCAAGACCGCGAGGGCAGAAUGCCGAGCAAGCAGUGAACGCUUGCCCCCCCCCCCCCCCCCCCCAUUGCAAGAGCCACGUCCCUCGAUCUCAGCAGCGUUCCCACGUCCGUGCUAUGUUUUGUAACCACCGAGUGGAUGAGGUCAGUGGGUGGAACCAGCAGAGUUUAGCUGUGAACAUUGCAAUACGAUCAAAACCUGUGCUUUGUGCUUUCACCUUUUUUUGCAAAAAGCAGCUAAGCUUAAGCAGUCAAUGAAUUUCGCGUCGGCGGGUAAAUGCAGUGGGUUUCUUUAGCGGCCCAAAUAGUGUCAGACAUUUUUAUUGCAAUUUUAUUUUAAUAUACUUGAUUCAAAAAGGAAAUCUAUUCUUUCCUUUUAUUUGAAAUGUUUCCUCCUGCCUUGUAGCUUCUAACAGAAAGCAUAGAAAGGCUGUUUUUAAUUAACUUCCCAUCACUUCGCACACCACGCAACUUUGGACAUUUCAUCAGUGUGGACUCUGUACAGACACCCCAAAGGGCCUAUCCUGGGACUGGGCCUGAAUCCAGCCAGGGGGACUCAACUUCCCUGUGCAUUCACCCACAUUGCAGACCGUCGACUCCCAACGUUACCCCCCCCCCUCCUCCUGAGCUGGGUCAUUGAACAAAUAUCAUAGAAUACCAAUUCACAGCCCCCCCCCCCCCCCAAGCAGCACGGUAAGUGACCAGAUUCAAUCCCUUCAAGACGUACGUUGCGGGCCAUAUCUUUUAGAUGGUAACAGAAGGACUUUAUUUACUUCCUUGAUCUCUUUUAACUGUAAUAAGUACAUGAAUUGUACAAGGUGUUGAGGAGCAUUGGCACAGUGGCCAAAGCUUCACUGGGUAUGUAGAUGUGUUGGGCUGAAAGUGGCGGCUUUUGCUUGCACAAUCAGCAACACUUAACAUCAAAGCAGAAUGUUACAGCAAUGGGUGGAUUAUUGCAAAUUACUUUGUAGCGUACUUUGGUUUUCGGUAUGCGUGUUUGAUUUGGUUGUGAAUUAUGUCAUGCAAAGUUGAUGGAUCCAAACCCAGUCCCUACCUCAAGCCGCUGUCAAAGUUUAUGUCCAUGCAUAACUGAGGCUGAGUUUCAUCAUGCAAUUUGAAUAGCAGGAAAACCAAGGUGUUAAACGGUAGAAAAAUGUACCGAAGAGCGGUGAUCAGAGACAUUUCGCAGGAGGAUGCAUCAGCCUAAGUAGACGAUGACCGUACGACACGAACAUAAUAUUACAUGCCUCACUUAAAUGAUCAUAGUGUACGGUCGAAAACACGGAAAAUUAAGUACGACGGUUUAAUUGCCGCAAUAUAACCAAGAGUAAACUUGAUGCUUGGUAAAUUUGCGCAGUGCGGAAAUGGUUACACGGAGUGAAUUUCAAAUGGAAACCUUCCGAGAUGAGUCAUUUAGAGAAACACUUGUAAAGUCUUUUGUUAUUGUUUCCCCACGUAGCUUAUAUAAUGGGCAAUGGUACGGAAGAACUGUAAAGUGCAGCUUGCUUAUUUCACGUUGAUCUAUUUCAAAAUAUAUAUACAUUGAUUAUCAACUCGACUGUCAUGUUGUUUGCAGGCUAAUGGCUUGUGUCGCAUUUGUGAAACUUUUAUCGCUGUUUGUUUGCAGUUCGUACUAAGAGGAUAUGUUUGUGUUUGGUCAUGAUCAUGCAUAUGAUCCCACAUGGACCUGUGUGUAUUAGAAACCUUCACCGUUUAUGAUCCCAGAGGUGUAAAACUGUCUCGUCCACACAAACCCCGGCCCCUCUUGGUGUGCGUGUGGGCCCCUUAAGUAGGUGAAUGGGAAGGAACAAAAACAUUUAAAAGUUACUGAUUUUAAGUUUAAGUAGGGCGGAGUGUUUCAUGUUUUUGCCGUCACGUUGAAAGCAAAAAAUGAAAUGGCUAGGGAGCAUUUAAUGUGUGCAGUAUCCGGUUAAAUCAUGAAUAAAAUAUCAAAUGCAAUUCUCAAAAAAGCAUUUAUAAGCGUUCUUAGCGCAACGUAUUUUGUGUGGAAAUGCAUAUGUAGUUGAACAUCCAGUUGCAAUUACAAUCUAAACUUAAGAGGGAGACAUUUGUUUAGUUAACAUGUCCAGUGCAGUAGCCAAACAAGAUUACCAGCCAAAACCAAAAACAUACGAUAACUGAGAUCUACACUGUGGAUUUGUGAUCUAGGCAAGGUAUUGAGCGAGCAAGCAAGCAAGCAUCAUUUGCAGCAAGGUUGGAAGUUACAUAAUUAAUUUCUCUAGAGUAGCUCUUUUCAGUUUUACAUUUGCCCAUGAUGUGGUUUUGUCACCAAAUAUGAAAAAGUGUAAUGUUUGAAAAUGACCAAUGGAGUUUUUUGGUUUUGAAACUGAACUCCAUAACGCGACCAAAUGCUGCUGGUGUUUCUUUAAAGAUAAGUCUUCAACCAGCAACGGAUAGCAAGAUUUGACAUGUGAUUAAUGAUAAUAAAGUAUAUGGUAAGAGACCGUAAAAAUAAAGCUGGGAGUUAAUCUUGGUGGUUUUUUCUCUGGGGUCCAUGAAACGCGAGGGCUUAACUCAUUGACCUUAAUUCCCUCGUGAAGCCAUAGGCACUUGAGAAAGAUUCCCCCUGGGGCAACCGCAUCUACAAAAACACCAUGGAAAGGUUUUUGUUUCCUGGCAACCCAUGAGUAUUAAACCACCCCUUGGUGGCCACCAGAUUGUUACUCCUGUUAACUUGCAGCGCGCUCCUCAUCUUAAAAUGUUACAAAGCUGGGUUUCUCAUUCCCACACUGACAUAUUUAGGUCAGUGUAUGGCUGCCUCUACCACUGCCUUUUUAGCAUUGCUCUCUGACAGUCUGUGUCCCAUGCCCAUGCCAAAUGAGCCCACACAUGGAGAGAGGGUAUUCGUAACACAGCAUCACAUUUGAGUAUCUUGAUUUGCUGUUUUCUGCUUGUUCUGAUCUGUAAUGCUUCAGGCUUUCACAAUAUAUUGUUGCUGCAUUCUGGCAAAAUUCGUUUCUGUCCACAUCUCACAGGUUUCGUGGCUACGUUUAAUAGUCUCAGUGUGGCUUUAGGGCUCAUUGUUUUACAUACCAUCAGUUGACUCUCCUAAUUUAUGUUUUCCCAAGCGUAGCACAUGCCCUUUGGAGUACGCUUUAACUCGGUUUUUUUCCCUUUGGCACACCUCACUUUGGUGUGUUCUCUUUUAAUGUUCGUGUCAUAUUUCUACCAUUUCAGGAAAUAUAAUUUUAAGGAAUGAAAUUGCUACUUGUUCCAAUUUGGCUGGGUGAGAGCGAACAAUUCGUAUCGAUAAUAAAAUUUUACCAUUUAGUGUUUUCACGUUUACCAAACCACAUUCCGUACGUUUAGUUAGUGUCAAAUGUGACUUUUGAAGCGAUGCACGAAUGAAAAUCACGAUUACCUAAUUUUCUGGGUAUCGGAAUCUCUCAGGCAUUGACCCAAAUAAUAUUUUCUCUUCGGGAUUUAUUUUUUGCCGAGAGAAGUACUGAAGCAGCAACUGCGCACUACCGUAGACAGUACCUAUGGGAAGAAAACAGUUAUGUGGUUAAGAUUAUAUAAGCUCUUAAUUUCUUUCAACAGAUGUCCAUUAAAUACAUUACACGUACUGCUGUACAUUCUAAUUUCACACUCGGGGGGGACUACACAGCCAUUUCCAUAUCUUAAUUUUUUAAAUUCCUGAUUUCCCAACAAGCUGCGAUUCGUGCGUUUGUGGUUUUAAUGACUUAUAUCCCCUUGCGAAUACACUUAUUUGAAGCUGUAUUUGAUUUUUUUUUAAUUGUACUCAUAUGCCGGGCAACUCUCUUAUUUUGCCCAGUGUUACGUCAUGAAGUCAUGAAUUCUGACCUCGGCGACAUGUCAAGGUCAUCAGAGGACAAAUCAUUAUAUUGAACUUGUUCUUCGUGUGGCUGAUGUUGAUGUAGAGCAGCACAUUUGGUUGGCAGUCAAGCCAAGUUGAUUGCGUCAGGAGUAGCGGAGUGUACCGCUGUGAUGCCUCCUUUUGAAUGAAUCUGUUUUAAAUUUGCAGGUGCAAUCUAAAAUAUGCAGUGGGGGGGGGGGGCCUCCUUCCCCGCCGUGCGAGAUUCAUUGAACAGUCCCGAACAGAAUAGUGACUGCUCGUUCAUACGGCGAAGUUUGUAGCUGAGCUUUUGAAAUGAUUAGCAAUUGUGAAUAGCACACAAAAAAUGACUGCCUUUCAGCACAAUGAAGACUGUUCCAGAACACAUUAAAGUUAGCACUUUAACGUGACAUAUAGCGUGGGCUGUGCUGAAUGUCAUGCUUUGCGAUCGCAAAAUGGUAUUGUUCGUGUAUGUUCAAUCAAAAUUGUUAAGCUGAAGGAGUUUAAGCGUGUCUGUCGGUUGUUUUCGUCCGGCAAUUGCAGCGUCUUUGUAAAUGUAUUUCAAAGCUUUGUCGUAUAUUGCUCAUGAUAUUUACACUGUGAGGUUUGGUGGACCAUGUAUUUUUUGGUAACAAAAAGAAAGAAAUCUGCAUUAUCUUGGCUCAUCUUAAUUGUCGUGGUUUUUGGAGACUUGCUAAAGGCCAUACAUCGCUAAAAGUGUGUGUCAUAUUGGCAGCCAUAAUGUUAGCCAGCCCUGUAAACUUUGUGGCAUAAUAUGUAGCGGCGAAGUGGGCGUGUCGAUGGUAUUUAUAUUGUAAUUAACUUACCAGCACUUGGCUAAUAUACAAACAAGGUUAUAAUAAGUAAAAAAAAAUCAGCUUAGUGUGUACCUUUUUUCCUGCCAUAAAUGAUGUUGUACUCGAUGUGCCUCAAGCUUCACAGAUUUUAGUAUAAAUUUUUAAUAGACUACUUUGUAUUUUUGUAGGAUCACUGCUUUGUGUAUAUUGCCAAUAAGGUCAUACUGUAUGUUGAAGUGUAUACAAUGUGUGUGUAUAUACAUAACAAGUAUACAUGUAGUAGUUCAUAUAAAAUGGGUCGCAAAGAAAUAUGAUUAUAACGUCAAGGUGAACGUUUUCUUUGCAACAGUCCUUUUUCCUAUGAACACACCCACAAAAUAUAUAGUAUUAUCUACAGUACCGUGCUAACAUGUGUGUAAGUGCGUGCUUUUACGUCCGUUAACCAUGUUGAUGGAACGUUGUUGACUUCUGUUCUUGCCUUGGUUGGUUAGUGGCACUGUUUGAAACCGACUUGCAUUAAUUUGCGUAACAUUCUGGAUGGGAAAGGAUCAUUGAACUUCGUAAAUUUACGCUUCUUUGUGGCGAGACUCCCCCAAUGCGCGAGCUGGGAAAUAUUCCCUGGGCUAAACGGCUCAAGGCAAUACUUGGCCUUUGCAUAAUGACGGUGUAAAUGAUGAUAUAGUACAGUGGCAUUUUCAUGGGGGGGGGGGGGGGGGGCACAGCGCUAAUCCCAUUUGGCGAUGGUGCCAAUAUAGGUUUAGUACGAUGCCAAAUGUUAAUACAGCAAGGUUUGACCUUGUGUUGACCCCCUUGUGGGUUGUGUAACGUUUUGGUCUGCCACUGUGUAAAUAAAAAGGCGAUUGACCUUUGGUAUUUGCGUCAAACGCAGCAGCUUAUGAAAGGAGGCAGUUGGAAUGUGAUCUAUAGUUGUUGGAGCCAAUAAAGUUUGUAUGUAUGUGCAGUUCUUUUCUGUUUUGUUUAAUAUAAUGAUAUGUUUUUUUUUGUAGUAAAUUGAUAUUUGAAUUAUAUUGAUGCGGAGCUUCAGAGUUUUCUAGUCUAAUAUAAUUUGAAGCAUUUGUGAUGAAUACAAAAAAUCCAUAUAUAAGGUAAUUGGUUAAAAUAAACACAACCAUGCCAAAUGUGA